AUGGAGAUGGAGGUCAGCGGCGUGCUAUCAUCGUCCGUGCUGUACGCGGCCAUCUCCCUGCCGUGCGCGCUCCUCCUGCUGGUGGUCGGCGAGGCGGGCCUCCGCGUGGCGUCGCUGGCGCUCCGCGGGGAGAUGAAGGCCUGGUGGCCCACACGCGCCGCGAUGCUCGGCUACCGCGUCGCGCGCCCGGGCAUCGACGGCCCGUCCGUGUUCCCUGACGACGACGAGCCGCCGCUGCUGCCGGCCGAGUACUGCGACCGCCUCGCCGUCGCGGUGUACCGCCGCGGGAAGGGUCAGCAGGCGGCGGACCCGGACUGCGCCUUCUGCCUCUCCGCGGUCCGCGACGGCGAGGAGGUGCGCGAGCUGCGGUGCCGCCACGUCUUCCACCGCGCCUGCCUCGACGCCUGGCUCGUCCGCCCGCGCGCCACCUGCCCGCUCUGCCGCGACCGACUCCUCCCCGCCGAGAGCGACUACGACGACCACCUCUCCUCGUCGUCGUCGUCCGCCUAUGCCUACGCCCACGGCGGCGCAAUCUGGCACAUGACGUGA